AUGGUUCGUAAGAAGAUAGAUAAUCGUAUACGAGUUUUGAUUGAAAAUGGUGUUACUGUGGGACACAGAACAAUGUUUAUCGUUAUCGGCGAGAGAGCAAAAGAUCAAGUAGUAUUAUUGCAUCAUAUGUUAUCCAAGACUGUUGUAAAGGCUAGACCUUCUAUACUAUGGUGCUAUAGGAAAGAUCUAGGUUUUAGUAGUCACAGAAAGAAACGUAUGAAGUCUUUACAGAAGAAAAUUAAGUCGGGUAAAUUGGAUGUUAAUGAAGAUGAUCCGUUUGAAUUGUUUGUUGUUUCAACCAACAUUCGCUAUUGCUAUUACAAUGAAACACAUAAAAUAUUAGGUAACACUUAUGGCAUGUGCAUAUUGCAGGAUUUUGAAGCAAUUACACCAAAUCUAUUGGCACGUACUAUUGAAACAGUAGAAGGUGGUGGAGUAAUUAUAUUCUUAUUACAGUCUAUGAAUUCUUUAAAGCAAUUAUAUACAAUGAAUAUGGAUGUCCACCAGAGGUUUCGUACAGAAGCUCAUAAAGACAUAGUAUGCCGAUUUAACGAAAGAUUUCUGUUAUCCCUGGCUUCUUGUAAUCGGUGUUUAGUUGUUGAUGAUCAGCUAAAUGUAUUGCCCAUAUCUUCUCAUAAUCUAAAAAUAGAGCCUGUGCAUAAGUCCAUUAUAUCAGAAGAACAGUCAAGUUUGGAUACUUUAAAAGAGAAUCUAAAAGACACUCAGCCUGUAUCUGCAUUAAUUAAUUGUUGUAAAACGACCGAUCAGGCAAAAGCAGUUUUGAAAUUCAUUGAAUGUAUUUCGGAGAAAACAUUACGGUCUACUAUAUCGUUAACUGCUGCUAGAGGGCGUGGAAAAUCAGCUGCAUUGGGACUUGCCAUUGCUGGUGCUGUUACUUUUGGAUAUUCUAACAUAUAUAUUUCAAGUCCUUCUCCAGAAAAUUUGAACACACUUUUUGAAUUUAUAUUCAAAGGAUUUGAUGCUUUGGGAUAUCAGGAACAUCUAGACUAUGGUUUAGUGCAAUCUACAAACCCCGAAUUCAACAAAGCUACGGUGCGAGUAAAUGUGUUUCGUGACCAUCGCCAAACAAUUCAGUAUAUCCAUCCAACGGAUACACAUAAGUUGAAUCAAGCAGAAUUGCUUGUAAUCGACGAAGCAGCAGCAAUUCCUUUGCCCUAUGUUAAGGCCAUGCUUGGACCUUAUCUGAUAUUUCUUGCGUCGACCAUAAAUGGAUAUGAAGGCACAGGCCGGUCUUUGUCGCUCAAACUGCUGCAGCAAUUAAGGACACAGACUGUUGGAUCAAAUAGUCAUGGUAAAAAUGAUGAGCAAAAUGAGAAAAUUCUUAUUGGAAGACAGUUAUACGAACUCACUCUUGAUGAAUCGAUCCGUUACAAACCCGAUGACGCUGUAGAAGAGUGGUUGUGCGAUUUACUUUGUUUGAACGCUACGAUACAUGCACCUAUUUUAUCUGGAUGUCCUCCUCCCGAUAUGUGUCAGUUAUAUUACAUAAACAGGGAUACAUUAUUCUCUUAUCACAAGGCUUCCGAAUUAUUCUUACAGAGACUGGUGUCUCUGUAUGUUGCAUCGCAUUAUAAAAACACGCCUAACGAUUUGCAAAUGAUGUCUGAUGCACCUGCACAUCAUUUGUUCUGUCUAUUGGGACCUGUGGAUACUAAUAAAAAAACUUUACCUGAGAUAUUAGUCGUACUGCAAAUAUGCUUAGAAGGUGAAAUUAGUAAAAGUAGUGUGAGCGAGGGUCUCUCGCGAGGUCGCAGAGCAUCCGGCGAUUUGAUACCAUGGACAAUUGCUCAGCAAUAUCAAGAUGAAGACUUUCCAGUAUUGUCUGGUGCGCGCAUUGUUCGUAUUGCUACACAUCCGGAUUAUCACAGAAUGGGAUACGGUAGCCGAGCGUUGCUGCUAUUGAAGCAGUAUUAUGAAAUGCAACUACCUAACAUUAACGAAGAUGUUACGCAAGAGCCAAUAACAGAAAUCAAAAACGUCUCCGACGAGGCACUCAGUUUAUUAGAGGAAACUAUUGAACCUCGCAGUUCACUACCGCCGUUGUUAUUGAAAUUAAGCGAGAGACCUCCGGAACAACUGGAUUACAUCGGCGUAUCCUUUGGGAUUACUGAGCAACUACUGAAGUUCUGGAAACGAGCUAAUUUUGUACCCGUAUAUUUAAGGCAAACAGCAAAUGACAUAACAGGAGAACAUACAUGCAUUAUGCUCUACAGAACCCACAGAGAAUUGACUACCUCUGAAUGGUUGCGCGAUUAUUGGAGCGACUUUCGCCGGCGAUUCUUGAGUUUACUCUCUUAUGCAUUUAGCACAUAUACAGCGUCACUUGCAUUGAGCAUACUUAUUAACAAAACAAUAGAACUAGAAUCCGUUGUGUUAAAUAAAGAAAUAUUGGACAUUCACUUCACAUCGUACGAUUUGAAGCGUUUACAAAUGUAUAGCAACAACAUGACGGAUUACCAUGUAAUUAUGGAUUUAUUGCCAUCGUUAGCUCGCUUAUACUUUUUAAAUAUGAUGGGGGAUACUCAUUUCUCAGCAGCACAGUCUGCAAUUCUACUAGGUUUAGGUUUACAACACAAAACUGUGGACAAGCUGGCAGAAGAGUUAAGUUUGCCAUCUUCACAACUACUUGGUCUAUUCAACCGUAUCGUACGUAAGUCAACACAAUAUUUAAAUAACGUUGCAGAGGAACAUGUUGCAAAUGUUGUAAUGACUAAAAGAUCGUCGGUGAAUGGACAAGUAAAAGUGGAUCCUUUGGGUGGACAAAAUCUACACGAGGAAUUAGAGAGCGCAGCUAAGGAGUUGAAGAUGAAGCAAAAGAAAGAAUUAGAAAAACUGAAGCAGGAAAAUCUAGAACAGUAUGCUGUUAAAGGCUCGGAAGCGGAAUGGUCUAGCGCGUUAUCCGGCAAACACAGUAAAAAUCUUAUUUCUGUAAAGACUGGCGAGAAAAGAUCGACCGAGGACGACAGCAUACAAGAAAAUCUGAAGAAAUAUAAGAAAAAGAAAAAGAGAUUUUCUUCAAAUACAUAACUUAUAUAAAUUUUUUUUAAUAUUUAGACAAGAUAUGAAAUUUAUAUUUUGUAUACAUGUAAAUAAAACGGCAAAAAAUA